ACAGAGAGAGAGCUGCUUUCUUUUACUGUGAAACGAGAGUAUCUGCAGGAGGAGGAGGUGAGGAAGGUGAAGGAGGGUUUGUGCAGGAGCUGAGGAGAACAUGUCGAGCUAUUCGAGGGUAAUUCACCACGCCACUAGUGUUUUAUGCGGCCAUAAAGGCUCCAUGGACCUGGCGCAGCUGCACAGGAAGGUCAGCCAGCGCUUCGACAUUAACGAGGAGGAUUUCUGGUACAUAGUGCAGAAAUGCCCGCGGUUCUCCGUGGUCCGGAACGGACAGAAGGCGGAGAGCUGGGAGGCUGGAUACAUUAUCGUGGCUAAAACCUCCAUCCGCCUGUGUAAAAACUACGCUAAACAGGAGUGCUUCGGCUGCCAGGACCUGCACCUCUGUAAAUAUUAUGUGUACGGGAACUGUCGGUACGGAAAAGGAAGGAAGGAGUGCAGGUUCUCACACAGUAUUCAGUCUGAGCAUAAUUACCCCCUGCUCCGAGAGUGCACUCUUCACGAGCUUCAUGAGGAAGACCUCUUCCUCCUCCUGCUGCAGAACGAUCCCUCCCUGCUGCCGGAGGUGUGUUCUCACUACAAUAAAGGUUCGGGGAUGUUUGGGGCCUGCACCUUUAAGGAGGGCUGCACUAAGGUGCACAUCUGUCAGCACUUUGUGCAGGACGACUGUAUGUUCGGCACCAAGUGCAAGCGGCUCCACUGCGUGGAUGAGUUCAGCCGCAGGAUGCUGGAGGAAAGGGGUCUCAGCGCCGACAUCAUCCAGGAUCUGCCCUACCUCUACCAGAAUGUUUACCGCCUCAACUUUCAAGGACAAGAAAGAGAACGAAUAAUGAGCCUUUCAGAGAGAUCCCUUUUACAAAUGGAGGAAAAGAGUGAGAUCUGUCUUCACUUUAUCAGGAGAAAUUGCAGAUUUCAAGAGCAGUGCAAGCGGGUGCAUUUUAAUCUGCCGUAUAAGUGGGAGGUGUAUGAGGGCGAUGGCUGGAGAGACCUGCGGGGGAUGGAGGAGAUAGAGAGAGCCUACUGUGACCCCAAGAACUCACACAGUCCAGGCUCAAAGCCAGUCGACUUCCUGUCCAUGACCCGGGCGAAUGACCUGGUGCGGCGUCUCUCCACUGCGUCCUCCGUCACCAAGCCUGUUCACUACAUCCUGACCACAGAGUGGAUUUGGUAUUAUAAAGGAGACCAUGAGAACUGGAUAGAGUACGGCAAGCCGGAUGAUAAACAGCGUGUGACAUCUGUAACAUCCCGAGACCUGGAAGAAGCUUUUCUGACAGACAACACAGCAGAGGUCACAGUUAUAAAGGGAAACAGGCAAUACUUUGUCAGUUUUCAAGAUAUGUACCAGAGGAAUCCGAAGCACAACACAAAGAGGAGAGUACGCAGACGGCCACGCUUUGUUCCCAUCAGUGAGGUGGAGACCAAAGUAGCACAGUGAAGCGGUCUGCAAUAUAUCUGUGUAAACUAAAUAUACUGAUACUGUAUCCAUAUAAAACAAGAUAUAGAUCUGAAUAUAGCACUGGGUGCCAAAUAGUCUAAUAGACUAUAUGUUUGCAGUACUUUUUUUCCAUGUAGGUUUGAUGUGAUCAUGACUGGUUUUUAAAUAUGAAAAGACUUUCUAAUCAUGAAUUAAAUGAGAGGCCUUUGUUAAAAUGCUGUCUGGCAAGAUUCAGUUGCCUGCUUGUUUUGUAUUUUGUGAUUUUGUCAGUAGAUCUGGUUAUAAGGCUUUUUUGUACAGCUGUGGCAUAAUGUCCUAUUGGCAAAAAAAAUGCUUUGUGUUAGCCUUUCAAUGUGGUUAUUAUUAUUAUUAUUAUUAUUAUUAUUAUUAUUAUUAUUAUUAUUAUCAUUAUUAAAAUAAAAAAGUAACUGUUGAAAUAAAAAAACAGACCUACAAUAUUUUUGUAACUGAUAAAUAGUAGUAGGUGAUGCACCUAUUCAUAUGAAGCUAGCAAUGUGAAAUAUGUGAAUAUACCUGUAUCAAAUUUUACGUCACUUUUCACUCUUCUGCUUAUAACGUGUGAAAUAUUAUAGUGCUACAUAUUAUAUAUAUCACAUUUAUUUUUAUUUUCUUUUAUUUAUAACCUACUGUGUUGCUCUGCUUCUUUUUCUGUUGUGCACUUUAUUUUGUAAGCUCUUGUUUUUGUCCACACUCCUUUUCAAUAAAUGUAUUUCAUGUCCAAACA